UGAUUCCUCUCGGAGGAUGUGUGGUUUCUGCUAACGACAACAUGGGGAUGCCCUUCACCAUCGUCAUCAACCUGGAGGACUUCUCAGGAACCAUCGUGCUGGCGGCUGAGUCGGUGGGGGAGCAGCUGCAGUGGAUGGAGAUGCUGCAGGACUCUGGGAAAGUCACGUGGAAGAACUGUCAGCUGGGCGAGGCGAUGAUCGAGAGUCUGGAGGCUCAGGGGCUGCAGCUGGCCAAGGAGAAGCAGGAGUAUCUGGACAAACUGAUGGAGGAGACAGAAGAGCUGAGUCACCAGAGAGCACAGAGAGAG